CCAGCGGCAGUCAACGCGUGCCGGCGAGCCACUACAACAACGAACGGAUAACCCGCGAGAUCCAACACGAUUUUAAGUUUUAGGAAGCUCCAGUUCAGCCGAACUGUCAAUAGUUUUUCCUAGUUUUCCCUGUGUUGUGUGGAGUGCCCAAACAAUUUUCCGCGGUUUUCAUACAAAGUUUUUGAAAACUUUUCACAGGCUUUUGAUGUCGAAAACUGUGUAAAGUUAGAUUUGUCGCCUGUAUACCCUGUCGAGAUAUAGUCACGCGUUUUGUAGUGUUUCAAGUUUUCAAUUCAUCAAAGCUUCCACUAGUGUUCAGCGUUCCCCAGGGGGUCCCAUAUGAAGUGCCUUUUUCUCCGAAAUUAUUAACAAAACUGAACAUUUAAAAUUACUUAUCACGAUUUUGAAGUUUUUGUGUACGGAACCUUUGGAAUUGGAACUGUCUAGUUCCUCCAGUACUCCUGUUGCUGGAGCCAUGUGCAGUGCGAGCGGGCGGUAGUGCGGCGCGGAUGGGCUGUGGUGAGGCGAAGGGCGCGAUGGGCCGCUCUCCGCGGAGGAUCGCUGCGCCCCGCCGCAGCCGAAGCCGCUCCAGAGAGCUGGCGCGGCUGAAGACUCAGCUAAACGGAAAAGGUGCACCCGCCGAUGGUGCGUGGAUGACGGUCUCGGGGCGCGCGCCCGCCCCGCCGCCGCCGCCCGGCCCCGCGGAGCCGCUGCUGCGCUCGGUGCGCGCCUACCUGGCGCUCGCGCGGCCCGCCAAGGCGCCCGCGCCGCGCUCGCCGCCGCGCUGCCAUGCCGACAUCGUGAGCGGCUGCGCGCGCGAGGACGCCCGCGGCGUGGACUUCUCGUCGCUGGCGCGCCAUGACCUGAACAACAACGCGUCGCGCCGCCGCGCCAUGCCCAGCGCCGCCGAGCUGCAGCGCCAGCCGCUGCUGCGCAAGGACGCGCCGCCCGCCACCGACGAGUCGGACGCGCCCGAGCCGUCGCCGCGCCACGCCGACUUCGCCGUGGAGAUCCCGCCCGGCGCGCGCGAGGAGCGCUACCCCAAGGAGGUGUGGAAGACCAUCCUGGCCUUCGCCUUCCUGUUCCUGUGCGUGUGCAUCAACAUGCUGUCGCUGUCGCUGGUGCACGAGCGCCUGCCCGACCGCAACAGCACGGCGCCGCUGCCCGACGCGGUGCUGGACCUGGUGGCGCCGCGCGACUGGGCGCUGGCCGUGUCCGAGUACCUGAUCAUGCUGUCCACCACGGUGGCCAUGCUGGUGGUGCUGUUCCACAAGCACCGCUUCAUCGUGGCGCGCCGCGUGUUCUUCGUCAUCGCGCUGCUGUACCUGUACCGCUCGGCGACCAUGUUCGUGACCGUGCUGCCCGUGUCCAGCACCACGUACGUGUGCAGCCCCAAGAGCAACGGCACGACGCCGCUGCUCAUCGUGCGCCGCAUGUUCUACCUCAUCUCGGGUUUCGGCCUGUCCAUCAACGGCAAGCACACGUACUGCGGCGACUACAUCUACUCGGGCCACACCAUGGUGCUGGUGCUGAGCUACCUGGUGGUGGCCGAGUACUCGCCGCGCAAGCUGUGGCCCGUGCACUGGGCGCUGUGGGGCGCGGGCGCGCUGGGCGUGGGCUUCGUGCUGCUGGCGCACGGCCACUACACCGUGGACGUGCUGGUGGCCUACUACAUCACCACGCGCCUGUUCUGGACGUUCCACUCGCUGCUGGGCGCGCCGCGCGGCAGCAUGCUGCGGCGCGAGUGGUGGUUCUGGCUGUUCGCGUACCUGGAGCGCAACGUGCGCGGGCCCGUGCCGCGGCGCUACGACUGGCCGCUGCCGUGGCCGCGCAGCAAGCUGUUCAGCCGGCUGAGCUAGGGCCGCGCGCCGGCCGCGCGCGUGUGACGCACCUUC